AUGGAUCGUGGUAAAGGACAGAGCACUUCGGCGCCCAAGAAAGAUACGAAAACCACCAAGGAGGAUAGGUUGAGUAUGCUCUACCAAAAGUUCAGCAGGGUGAAGCUUACCCCCAGUAAAAUUCCUGAAUAUUUAGAUAAUUUAUCUGAUGUCGAGGCAGAUGUUGAGGGGGAAGAACGUCAAAGCGAUUUCAGUAGUGAUAAUGAGGGGACCGCGACGUCUGAUGAGUUUGAUGAAUCAUCGAGUGAGGAGAGUAGCGAGGGGAGUGAGGAUGAGGCCCGCCCCAAGCCACCCAUAAGGAGGCGUACAGGACGGCUUCACCAGCCAAAUCCUGACGAUGCCUGGUCUAGUGACAAUACACCACCAUUUGUAGACAGUUUCACUGCCACACCAGGCCUAACUGUCCCAGUGCCAACCACUCCCGUGCAAUUCAUACAAUUAUUCCUGACACGGGCCCUCAUUGAAUAUAUCACAGUGGGAACGAACAGGUAUGCCAGACAAUUUAUUCAGAAUGCUUCCAGGCACACCAUGAGGAUGUGGCAAGAGGUAUCGUUGAAGGAAAUGGCCAGGUAUUUGGGUCUGUCUAUGUUGAUGGGUAUUGCACCCCUUCCGACGAUGAGAAUGUACUGGCAAACAAGCCGGUUGUGGCAUAUGAGGACCUUCAAUAUUUUCAUGACUGCAAAACGAUACCAACAUAUCAGCCAGUUUUUCCAUAGUUACAACAAGCUUGCAAUUUCCCCAAACAAUAAGGACCGAAUGGUAAAACUGCGCACAAUCAUUACUUAUUUUACUACCAAGUUUGGCACAUACUACGUUCCCAAUAAAGCACUCAGUUUGGAUGAAGGAACAAUGUCGUGGCGUGGUCGUUUAUCCUUCAAGGUUUACAAUCCAAAUAAACCAAAUAAGUAUGGGGUAAAGUUGCACAUGCUUGCCGAGUAA